UGGAGGACCAAUGAAUACAAAGGGUAGCCGCUUUGCCCUCUGACCUCCAGUCCUGCACCGCAGAGCUGGGAAAAAUGGCUGAAGUUGAUUUCGGGGAUAGUGAGCUAUUCCAACAGCUUAACGACUCCGCACCGCCGGUCCCAACGCACAUUCGCUUCACAGAUGAUGAGGAAGAUCAGGAGGAGACGAGCCAGCUUCGGAGCAGGCUGGAGGAGUGUGAUGACUACAUUCAGAGACUCACUGAGGAGAAUAUCCUUGUGUAUGCUAGCACUGUGCCACAUAAAGGUUUAAGAAGGAAACUGAACAUCUUGACACGGCCAAGCGGUAUCACAAUUGAAGAUGUAAACAUCGACGGGCCACUUCUUCAAAUCCUUUAUGCAAACAACAUUAUUUCAAAGCUUUGUCGUCAGGAAAUUGAAGAUUGCAUCUGCAGUGUGAUUUUGAAGCACCAGAAACUGGGCCAUGAAAAGAGAAAAUCCUCCUUUCACGUAAAACCUCAGAAUUCAGCUUUUGCUUUGGAUGAAGAUCCACUGAAGUCAUCUUCCAGUAGUGUAAGAACAACAAAAGAAGCCUUCAAAGUGGUAGGAAGUGUCUUAUAUUUCACUACUUUCAGUGUUGAUAAACUUGGACAGCCUCUGGUCAAUGAGAACCCCCAGCUGACAGAUGGAUGGGACAUUCCUACCUAUCACCAGGUUUUCAACCAAGUUGUUGGGACAGAUGGGCAGGAAAUUGAAAUGAAAGACAAAAGACCCAAGUCCAUGUGUUUCAACUGUGGUUCCAGCAGCCAUCAGCUGAGAGACUGUCCCAAGCCUAAAGACAUGGCUGCAAUUACUGAGAGAAGAAAGGAGUUCAAUCAAAACAACAACCAGGCCACACAGAGUAACCAACGAUACCAUGCUGAUGAAGUGGAGGAGCGGUUUGCUAAAUACAAGCCUGGAGUCAUGAGUGAUGAGCUGUUGACAGCACUGGGAAUUGAUGGCAACACACUCCCUCCUCUGAUUUAUCGCAUGAGGCAGCUAGGCUACCCACCAGGUUGGCUCAAAGAGGCAGAGAUGGAAAACUCUGGCUUAACACUGUAUGAUGGAAAUGCUUCAAAUAAUGACAAUGUAAUAGGCAAUUGCAAUUCGCAAAACAUCUCUUAUGAUGUUUCCAAACUGGUAGAUUUCCCAGGCUUCAAUGUACCGGCACCAGACAAAAUGAAAGAUGAGUUCAUGCAGUAUGGUUCAAUUCCAAUGCAGAACAACCACAUGAAGCAAAACUAUGCUGCCUACCUGUCCAACAACUUUCCUAUGCCUGGUGCCACCUGCAACAAGAGGCGCCAUGAAUCUGACUCCUCUCCACAACUAAGGAAGAAGAAUAGGUCCAGUCCUGAUCGGAACUCAGACAGGAGCUCAGAUAUGGAUAUAGAAUCAGACCCUGGAACACCUUAUCAUAAUCACGGCCCAGGUGACUUCCAGUUCCAACCACCGCUGCCCCCUGGCUCUCCUUGCUUCAGUUCACCACCUCCUUUACCCCAGGGCACUCCUCCUGCUACACCCACUCCCCCACCUCUCCCUAAAGGUACACCUCCUCCCACACCCACCAAUGGCUCUCCAGCUCUGCAAGGGAGGAACCUGAUAGUAGUUGAUGAGACUGUUGAGGGAACAGAAGAUGACCUUACAUUGGAGGAACUAGAGGAGCAGCAGAGGCUGAUUUGGGCAGCUCUAGAAAAUGCUGACACUGCCACGAAUAGUGACUGUGAGACACCUGCAACGGGAACACCUGUAGCCAGUUCACCAAGUGUGUCCACGCCUGCGCAUAUCGACACAGAAAUGGAAGAGGCUGAAGAAGCAAUGGACACACUGAGACCUGCAGAAACUUGCCACAGCAGUGAAAAUCAAAGUGAACCAGAAGUUCAAGAGGCUUGUUCUCAGAGCCCUGGACCGAUCAAAGUCGAGGAAGACAGCCCUCAGAGCCCUGGACCGAUCAAAGUCGAGGAGGACAGCCCUCAGAGUCCUGGACUGAUCAAAGUCGAGGAGGACAGCCCUCAGAGCCCUGGACCGAUAAAAGUCGAGGAGGACAGCCCUCAGAGCCCUGGACCGAUCAAAAUCGAUGAGGACAGCCCUCAGAGCCCUGGACCGAUCAAAAUCGAUGAGGACAGCCCUCAGAGCCCUGAAGCAGUCAAAGCCCAAGACGACAGCCCUCAUAGUCCUGGUUCAGUCAAAACCCAGGAAGACAACCCCCAGAGCCCUGAUCCAGAUUUCCCUAACAGAGGUGCAGGAGAUUGUGCUUCUCCUAUGCAUGUCGAGAAGAUAACAGCUGUUCCUCAUCGGAGCAAGUUUGCAGCUGGCAUCGUUCCAUUUGAAGAUACACCUGAAUUCACUGAAGUUGCAGAAGCCACGGGGACAUACCUUAGGAUCAGAGACUUACUUAAAAGUUCCCCUCGAAAUUUAGCGAAGAAAAAAUAAAGAAUUACCAUCUUGAUUUGGAUAAACACAAGGAUACAUGGAUAUUUUUUAUCAAAAAUUUCUAUUUUAAUUUUAUCUCCAUCCUAUUAAGCAUGUUUUUUUGUUUUUGUUUUUUUUUUAGCUGUUUGUUAUUUUUUACCAAGUUGAAUGUUUAUGCUGUAUAUACAUUUGAUCUGUAAACAGACAUGAGGGAACGGCAGUGGGGGAUGCAACAGCAAUGGUGUGUAGGCUUUAACUAAUUAGUCUGAUUUUUGUAGUAAUACUAUUACUUGGACGGUUGAUUUUAUUGUAAAAUUUGUAAAAUGGCCAUUUCCUUAUCUGUAUUAAUUUUCAGAUUCUGUUUAGAUGUUUUUUUUCUAUUUUUGUCCCACUUAAAUUGCUCUAAAAUCAAGUAAACCUGCUUGUAUAUGCUUCAGUACUUUAUUUCAUACGGCAUCCAUACCUAGAUGUGGGUUUGAUUUCAUUUAGCUGUAUGUUGGUGUCUCUGUUGCUAUAAUCAGCACACUUUCCUAGUUUAAUGAACAUUGCAAAUGACACUGCAUAUAAGUGAAACCCUGCCCUACAAUAAUUUUCAUUUUGUGCCUAUGAUGUUACAAAGUUUGGUCUACAGUUUCUUCUUUAAUCUAUUUGAUGAAUGGUAUAAUAAUCAGACCCAUCAGAGCUGAGAUUAACUUAAUUCCCCCCUUUCAAACUGAUCUCCCAUUAAAAACGCCAUCAAUUUUCCAAAUAUAGAUUUAAAACAACUUUAAAUAAGCUAUAUGCUUAUAUUGUUCAUUCUGUCUCAAUGUUAAGAGAAUUUCCUAUCAUAGAGAAUGUCAAUCAUGUGAUUUUUAGCCCAUCUUUCCAAUUAUUAGUACUUACAGUGCACACUCCCAUGCAUAUAAAAUACUUGCAGUUAGAUUUGUGAAUAACUUGAUUAUACAAUUUCAAGAGAAUGACAGUUGUUUGACCUCUUGCAAAGUCAUGUGAAAAAGAUUGUGUCAACACUCAUGCCUUUUGCAAUAAAGCUGUUCCCUUGCA